GCUCCCUUGAGAGACCUGCUGACCAAUGAGGCACAGUGUAUUAGUGGGAACAAGAACAUCUGGAAGGUGGUAAGAAGCAUUUGACUGCACACUCUCCCUGGAUCUGGAUUUCUCCAAGUCAUCACACUUAAAGCAGAAGGGAAAUGGCUGAGCUGAAGUACAUUUCUGGAUUUGGGAAUGAAUGUGCUUCAGAGGACCCUCGAUGUCCAGGUUCCUUGCCUGAAGGACAGAAUAAUCCUCAAGUCUGCCCCUACAAUCUGUACGCUGAGCAGCUCUCAGGAUCAGCUUUCACUUGUCCCCGGAGCACCAAUAAGAGAAGCUGGCUGUACAGGAUUCUACCUUCAGUUUCUCACAAGCCCUUUGAAUCCAUUGACCAAGGCCAUGUCACUCACAACUGGGAUGAAGUUGGUCCUGAUCCUAACCAGCUUAGAUGGAAACCAUUUGAGAUUCCAAAACCCUCUCAGAAGAAAGUGGACUUUGUGAGCGGUCUGCACACCUUGUGUGGAGCUGGAGACAUCAGGUCUAACAAUGGGCUUGCUGUCCAUAUUUUCCUGUGCAACACUUCCAUGGAGAACAGAUGCUUUUAUAAUUCAGAUGGGGACUUCUUGAUUGUUCCCCAGAAAGGGAAGCUUCUCAUUUACACUGAGUUUGGCAAGAUGCUUGUGCAGCCCAAUGAGAUCUGCGUCAUUCAGAGAGGAAUGUGGUUCAGCAUAGAUGUCUUUGAAGAGACCAGGGGCUACAUCCUGGAAGUCUAUGGUGUCCACUUUGAGUUACCUGACCUGGGACCCAUUGGAGCCAAUGGCUUGGCCAAUCCCCGUGAUUUCUUGAUACCUGUUGCCUGGUAUGAAGAUCGUCAAGUACCAGGUGGUUACACUGUGAUUAAUAAAUACCAGGGCAAGCUGUUUGCUGCCAAACAGCUUGUCUCCCCGUUCAAUGUCGUGGCGUGGCACGGGAACUAUACACCCUACAAGUACAACCUGGAGAACUUCAUGGUCAUCAACUCAGUGGCCUUUGACCAUGCAGACCCAUCCAUUUUCACAGUGUUGACUGCCAAGUCUGUCCGCCCUGGAGUGGCCAUUGCUGAUUUUGUUAUCUUCCCACCUCGAUGGGGGGUUGCUGAUAAGACUUUCAGGCCUCCCUAUUACCACAGGAACUGCAUGAGUGAAUUCAUGGGACUCAUCCGAGGUCACUACGAGGCAAAGCAAGGUGGAUUCCUGCCAGGGGGAGGCAGCCUGCACAGUGCCAUGACCCCCCACGGCCCUGAUGCAGAUUGCUUUGAGAAGGCCAGCAAGGCCAAGCUGGCUCCUGAGAGGAUUGCUGAUGGCACCAUGGCAUUUAUGUUUGAAUCUUCCCUAAAUUUGGCAGUCACCAAGUGGGGACUCAAGACCUCCAAUUGUUUAGAUGAGAACUACUACAAAUGCUGGGAGCCUCUCAAGAGCCACUUCACCCCCAAUUCCAGGAAACCAGCAGAAUUCAACUGAGCCUGGAGCAUCGUUACCAUACAUGAGAAUGAAUUUGUGCCAUUUCCCUGAGAACCUUGUGCCUUCUAGAAGUAACAGGGAAGAGGGUUGGUUAGAAUGAGAACUCAUUUUUUCAUAGUCAAAUAAGUCAGAACAUUUGUGGAAAUCUAUUAGUAAAGUUCUAUGGCUAUCAGCUUACUUACUCAAUAAAUUUGCUGCAAUUCUGUUGAAA